AUGCAGCAUUUCCUAAGCUCCAUCAUUGCAUUGAUCAAAUUAGGAACAUUCUUCUUAGCUGAAUCAACUAGAAACUCAAAGUUUUUCUCCAGUAUUGCCCUGUAA